AUGGCUGAGCCUAUGACCGGACAAGCUGAAGACUUCAUCAUUGAAUCCAAUUGGGAUGAAUCAAUUGAGAGUUUCGAUGAUAUGGGUCUUAAAGAAGAAUUGUUAACUUCCCCACUCCAUCAUCGUUUAUGGAGGUGAUUAAUUUUUUUUUAAAAUUUCUAUACUAAAACAUUUUUUAAAAAAAUCCUAAUUAGAAUAAAUAUUAAUUUAUUUAUAAAAUUUAUAUUUUAAAUGCAAAAUGUGCAAAAUAAGCUAAUGAUUUCAUUAUAAUAAUUACCACUUAUAUAUCAAAAUAUUUUUCAUAAAAAAUUUAUAUUAGCAAUUAUUUUGUACACUCACGAAGGGUUGAUUUUUACUCAAAAAAUAAGAAUUUUUUUUAAUGAUUUGUUCGCUCACGGAUGAGGGAAGUAAGAGGAAUCUACUCUUAUGGGUUCGAAAAACCCUCAGCCAUUCAGCAAAAAGGCAUCAAACCCAUCAUCCUCGGCCAUGACACAAUUGCUCAGGCACAGUCAGGCACAGGGAAGACCGCAACUUUUACAGUUGGUGCCCUCCAGCUUAUUGAUACAGAAGUGAAUCAGCUGCAAGCUCUUGUACUUGCUCCUACAAGAGAGCUUGCCCAACAGAUUUUCCGAGUAAUCAGUCAAAUCGGUGAGUAUAUGCACAUAAAAUGCCACGCCUGCAUCGGAGGCACAGUGGUCAAAGAAGAUAUCAGAAUCCUAGAGCGCGGAGUUCACGUUGUGGUCGGAACUCCAGGCCGUGUUUUUGACAUGCUCAGCAGGAACCACCUUUCAGCCCAGCACUUAAGAGUCUUCAUCCUUGAUGAGGCCGACGAAAUGCUGUCCAGAGGCUUCAAAGAACAAAUCCAAGAGAUCUUCAGACAUCUGCCAGGGAACAUCCAAUGCUGUUUGUUCUCAGCCACAAUGGCCCCAGACAUCCUUAAGCUGACUGAAGACUUCAUGAGAAAUCCUAUAAGAAUUCUGGUAAAGAAGGACGAGCUGACCUUAGAAGGUAUCAAGCAGUAUUAUAUUCCUAUUGAAAAAGAAGAGUGGAAAUUCCCAACUUUAUCUGAUUUGUAUGAAAAUUUGGAUAUCACCCAAGCAGGGGAGACAUAAAAAAAUAGCUGUGUGGUAAAUUACAGUAAUUUUUUUUUUAAAAAGGUGUUUUAUUUAGCUUAAAAUUAUUUUUUUUAGAUUUAUAGAAAAAUAAUUUUUUUUAAUUUUCCCUCCCAAGCCAUCAUCUACUGCAAUACCAGAAAAAAAGUCGAAACCUUAGCCCAACAAAUGACGGAAAAAGACUUUGUUGUUAGUUUCAUGCAUGGAGAAAUGGAGCAGACUCAAAGAGAACUGAUUAUGAGAGAGUUCAGAAGCGGAUCUAGCAGAGUGCUAAUCACGACUGACCUUUUGGCAAGAGGAAUUGAUGUACAGCAGGUGUCGCUCGUAAUUAAUUAUGAUAUGCCAACGAACUAUGAAAAUUACUUGCAUAGAAUUGGAAGAAGCGGGAGAUUCGGGAGAAAAGGAGUUGCUAUCAACUUUGUGACAGAACAAGACGCGCAGUUCUUGAGGGAUUUGGAGCAGCAUUAUUCAACCCAGAUAGAGGAAAUGCCUGAGGAUGUGGCAACUAUUCUUUAA